AUGGGGGUUCUGUGCGAGCUCCCUUUUCUGUGCUUCAUUUUUCUUCUCUUCAAUGGAGCAUUUGGCAGCCUUGAAGAUGACCACCACAACAGAGCGGCAUUGCUUGCUUUCAAAAAUGGGGUUUCCUCUGACCCAAAAGACCAUCUUCAAAAUUGGAGUUUAGAUUCAAAGCUUCAUUUGUGUAACUGGACGGGGAUUGAGUGCAACAAUCGCACCCACCAAGUUGUUUCCAUUGUUCUUUCUGGUACCUCGAUUGGAGGCACCGUUUCUCCAUUUCUAUCCAAUCUUUCUUCCUUGAUGAUUCUUGAUUUAUCUGAGAAUUUCUUUGAAGGUCAAAUCCCCAAGGAAUUGGGUUCUCUGGUUCAUCUUCAGCAACUGGACUUGAAAGGGAAUUUACUCACAGGAAAAAUCCCCACAGAGCUUCAAAAUCUUAACCAAUUGGAGUAUCUUAAUUUGGGUGGCAACAGGCUUGAAGGGCAGAUUCCUGAGCUGCUGUUCUGUAAUGGGUCGAGCUCUCCAUUGAGGUAUAUUGACCUGUCGAACAAUUCUUUAAGUGGGAACAUACCUUUGAACGAUGGGUGUGAGCUGAAAGAUUUGGUGAAGUUUCUGCUAUGGUCUAACAAGCUGGAGGGUCGUGUUCCAGCAGCUCUUUUGAACUCAACGAAGUUGAAAUGGCUGGAUUUGGGGUCAAAUAAGCUGAGUGGGGAGUUGCCUGUUAUGAACAUGCCAUCUUUGGUGUAUGUUUACUUGUCUGAUAAUGAAUUUAUCAGCCAUGAUGGGAACUCAAAUCUUGAGCCGUUUUUUGCUUCUUUCUUCAAUUCUUCAAAGCUUCAAGAGAUUAGUUUAGCUAGCAAUCAUCUUGGUGGAGAAAUUCCUUCUAUUAUUGGUGAUCUCCAUGUCAAUCUCUCAGAGCUUCAUUUGAGUGAUAAUCUCAUCCAUGGCUCAAUUCCUCCUUCCAUUUUAAACCUCACAAACCUUACUGUUUUGAACUUGUCUGGUAAUGUUUUGAAUGGAACCAUUCCUUUUGAGGUUGGAAGAUUAAGGAAGCUUGUUAAUAUUCACCUCUCCAGGAAUUUACUCUCUGGUGAAAUCCCAUCUUCUCUUGGUGAGAUUCAGCCUCUGAGUUAUAUUGAUUUUUCAAGCAACGAGCUGUCUGGUUCUGUUCCUGAAACCUUGGCUAAUCUUUCACAGUUGAGACAGCUAUGGCUUUAUGGAAACAAGCUCUCAGGAACAAUCCCACCAAGUUUGGGAAAAUGUACCAAUUUAGAUUUCUUAGAUCUUUCCAGCAAUCAGAUUUCUGGUGUUAUUCCUAGUGAAAUUGCUGUGAGGACCAUGAAGUUUUAUAUGAACCUGUCAAGAAACCAUUUACAUGGACCAUUGCCAUGGGAGCUUAGCAAAAUGGACAUGGUGCUUGCCAUUGACUUGUCCUCCAACAAUCUCUCUGGCCCAAUUCCAUCCCAGCUUGGGAACUGCAUAGCACUGGAGCACCUCAAUUUGUCUUUCAACUCCUUUGAUGGGUCUUUACCAGUUUCCAUUGGCCAAAUGCCUUAUCUUCAAACGCUUGAUGUUUCUUUCAACCAAUUGAUUGGAAACAUUCCCGACAGUAUUCAGACAUCUUCAACUCUCAAGCAGCUCAACUUGUCUUUUAACAGAUUUUCAGGUCGAGUUCCAAACAAUGGGGUGUUUUCAUGGCUGACAUUGUCUUCUUUCCUUGGUAAUAAUGGUCUUUGUGGCUCAAUCAAAGGCUUGCCCAAGUGUAGGGAAAGACAUAAGCUCUAUAAGUUGCUGCCAAUUCUGUUGUGUUCUUUGGCAGUUUUUGUACUUUUCAUUACUGGGAUUGUCUUCGUAUUCCGGCCGAAAACGAGAAUGAAUCGUUUCGGUUUGAAUCGGAGGGGUUCGAAAGAAUAUGAACAACAAACUACAGAUUGGAAGGAGGUGGAAUAUCCAAGAAUCUCGUACAGACAACUGGUGGAUGCUACUGAUGGAUUCAGCUCUUCCAGCUUGGUUGGGACAGGAAGAUUUGGGGAAGUCUACAAAGGAAUUCUACCGGACAAGACAAUGAUUGCUGUCAAAGUUUUGAAGCCAAUAAGAACAGCAGGUGAUGUCUCAGGAAGCUUUAAAAGAGAAUGUCAAGUGCUGAAAAGAACAAGGCAUAGAAAUUUGAUCAGGAUUAUAACCACUUGUAGCAGACCAGAUUUCAAUGCUCUUGUUCUUCCAUUGAUGUCAAAUGGGAGCUUGGAAAGCUAUCUGUAUCCUAAUGGGUUAGGAUUGAGUAUUCAUAAGCUAGAUUUGGUUGAAAUGGUGAGGAUUUGCAGUGAUGUGGCUGAAGGUGUGGCCUAUCUGCAUCAUCACUCACCGGUUAGAGUGGUGCAUUGUGAUAUUAAACCAAGCAACAUUCUUCUUGACGAUGACAUGACUGCUGUGGUCACUGAUUUUGGAAUUUCAAGACUGAUCAUUGGAGGAGGAGAAGCUAACAAUCUUUCUCCUUAUGGAAACGAGUCAACUUCCUUCAGUUCAACUCAUGGUUUGUUAUGUGGGUCUGUUGGCUACAUAGCUCCAGAAUAUGGAAUAGGAGAACGUCCAUCAACUGAAGGAGAUGUGUUUAGUUUUGGAGUUCUUCUAUUAGAAGUUGUGACAGGAAAGCGUCCAACUGAUCAUCAUUUCCAACAAGGUUCAGGCCUACAUGAAUGGGUAAAAAGCCACUACCCUCACAAGCUUGAGGACAUAGCCAACGAAGCAAUGAAAAGAUACGACCUUCCAAGGCCAAACGUUACAGAACAAUCUCCCAAACUGCAAUGCCAAAUUCUAUUCGAGUUGAUCGAGCUUGGUAUCAUGUGCACACAGUACACUCCAUCGUCCAGGCCAAGCAUGGUCGACGUAGCUCACGAAAUGACACGUUUAAAGGAGCAUCUCUCAAACUCUUUAUCAUUAUGGAUUCCAGAACCUGGUCCUAACAAACAUGAAGGUUGCUGA